UCGAGAUAAGUGAUAAAUAUUAUUUUGGUCAGCAACAACAACAACAACGUUUGAAUUUUGAAAUUAAAAAUUCGGUGUUGGCGCGUUCAUCAAAUUGUGUUUGCCAAUCAAAAAUAUCUGGUUAUGUCUGAUGAGGAAGAGGAACGUUUCGAAUUAGAACAACGUUUGUUGAAUAGCGAUUUCAAUCAAAUUCCACAUACGCCAAGUGCUUGGGAACAAGAUAUUUACGACGUCGACGAGGAUCCGGAUCCACGCGGUACUCCAGAAAAGGAAAUUUUGUGGGCAGCCGAACAAGGCGAUUUAAUUUUAGUCAAGUCGUUGAUAUCUAAACAAAAAAACUUGAUAAAUGUCCAGGAUACUGACGGGUACACUCCAUUACAUCGAGCAAGUUACAGUAAUCAUUUGCCUAUAGUCGAGUUACUGUUGAGAAAUGGAGCAAAUCCCAAUGCACGUACAACAGAUCAAUGGACACCGUUGCAUUCGGCUUGUAAAUGGAACAAUGUAAAAUGUGUAUCUAAAUUGAUUGAAGCCGGAUCAGAUAUUAAUGCAGUUACAAGUGGUGGUAUAUCACCAUUACAUCUUGUCGCAGAAUUGGCAGAUUCACAUGCACUUCUGGAACUGUUAUUGAGUCAACCUAAUAUUCAGUCAGAUUUAAAUGUGCACAACAGUACAGCAGACAAACCGAGUGACAUUACAAGCCGAAAAAGUGCAAACGCAAGACUUUUCGAAUACUGUGAACCGUGUUUUAACUGUUUAUAAAUGUAUUGCUAUUGUUUAUUCCGACCAAAGGCUAAUGGAAUGUCCACAUGAUGUAAUUAAAACUUUUUUACUAGGAUGUGUGUUUAUCGAGUUCACAGAUUGCUUGUGGGAAAUAUCGGUCGGUUGCAAUUUUUCUAAGACGCGUGCGCUUACGAAAUCCCAGCUCCAUAAAUGUCCACACGUUGAACCGCUUAAUAUUAUACUGUCGUUAUGAAAUACACAAUUUUCUAUGAAAUAAUCGCCAACUGUAUGUCCGGUAUACCUGAAAAAAUAUUGAUAUAAAUUAUUAUUUAUAAUAUUAUCCUAAAAAAGUAUGUAAUUGUU